UUAAAGCUUGGGUAAGGUUAGAGAUACUAUACGUCCAAGAAGAAGACAUCGAAUUUCCACCAAAAUUUGCGGGGUGCGCAUUCGAAGAGGGCAAUGCCAUGGCAAACAGAACCAAGCCCAAAGAGAGAUCACUUACUUGCAAAACCACGAGCAAUAGAAGUUUGUAGGGACGAGUAGAAUCAGAAACUUCCAAGGCGCUUGUUGUCAUAAAAACGAUUGAGCCUCUUUUUCCCGCUGCCAAAAAGUUCCCCAUUCAACAAUUGCUACUUUCUUCCCAAGCAAAUUGCACGCAACUAAUAAAAGACCAUGGGCAUCAAGUUGUUCAAGCAUAAUGCGCCUUCGAAAGAAGGCAGCACUCUUGUCGUCAAGGUGGUUGUAAUGGGCGUGCUUCUCGUGAUAUCAGCCUGUUCGGUCUACACGGUCGGAGUCCAAGUUGGAAUGGAAACCAAGGCGGCGGUCAAAACUGUGGAAAAGACGCAGCAAGCACAAGGGACACAAGCUAUAGCUCAGACGACAGAUAAUCUCAUACAGCCAUCCACCAACAGCUAUCCACUCGCCAUUCCAGAAGGACAAGCACAAGCCUUGCCAUCCAUUCGUCUUUCCAAGGAAGAGGAUGCCACCAUCAACCGAAAAAAGAUUUAUGGAGGACAAGGAGACAAGGAGCACCUUGGAGGUUUCACGGCAUAUGACGGCCAAGGGGUCAGCCCUGCCGUGUGGAAACACAUGAUCAACUCGAUCGGGGUGAAAUCACUCAUUGACGUUGGCUGUGGCAAGGGAGUCUCCACUUUGUACUUUGAAAGCAAUGGUGUGGAUGUCCUCUGCCUGGAGGGGAGUCAUGACGCCGUGGAGCAUAGCUUGUUGCCAGAUCCCGCCAACCAGGUUGUGGAACACGAUUUUAGUAGAGGUCCUUACUGGCCCGGCAAAACCUACGAUGCCGUGUGGUCUGUCGAGUUUCUCGAGCAUGUUGGGCGCAAUUAUCAGCACAACUACAUUCAGGCAAUGCGCAAGGCAGCCUAUCUGUUUGUGUCUCACAGUCGCUGGGGCGGUUGGCAUCACGUGGAAGUUCACAGCCCAGAAUGGUGGAUUACACGGAUGACCUCUUUUGGAUUUGUCUACAGCAAGGAGCUCACAGAAGAGAUUCGCCACGUUGCAUCCAUAGAGAACAGGGAGGGGGCAGCCAACAAAAACAACCCCGAUAAGGCGCUAGAAGCACUUGGACCAGAUGGUGAGCAUUACAAUGCUCAGCAUGUAUGGCUCAACAUGUUAGUCUUCAUCAAUCCUGCCGUAGCCGCUCUACCUGAGCACGCCCACUUGCUGGCAGAGCAGGGCUGCUACAAAGGAAGAGAAGGUGGGGUACACAUACACAGAGAAUGUGAUCCAUCAAAGGGUGAGAGUGUCUUGCCAGAAUCAUUCCGUCCUCUUCAAUGGUCAGUUGAAGCGCACAAAGCUUGGCUCGAAAAAGUCAAAUCUUCCAUCAAGGCAUAGACAACAAAUGACGAAAGGAUUUCCUUCCAGGCAGCCACUACUGGUAGCUGUUCGCCGAUAGUUUGGGGCAGCCUCGACUUCGCUGCCGUAUUAGCUUUACCGCUCCGAGAUGACAGGGGCAUUGCACAGUCUCUGGACUAGUUCAAACGUGUGCAUAACCCGCACCUACGUACCGGUAGAAGACGGUAUUUUGUCUGCAUGAUAUUCUUAAAUAGUUUCCCUCUAGUUGCCAACGCAUUAUUCAUUUC